CUGCACUUUUGUGCGCAGCUGUGCCCUGCUACAGUGCCCGCGGCGAAAUGAAGUUGCUAUUAUUUAUGCGAACAUUGCGCUGAAGACUGCACACUAAUUCGCGAAGCCUGCAGAAACCUGCACAAGCGCAACCCAAAAAAAAAGCCACUGAGUGCAGCAGCACCACAAACGCGGCCCGCGCCAGCGAACGCGCGGACCUAGCACACGCAUUGAAAAACAAUGCUGACCACCAAGGAGGCGCCGCCGCCCCUCGACGUCCUCGAGCCGCACGAGCGCGAGUCGUUGCGAGCGCUACUGGAGGCGCGCAGCGAGCCCGACCGCCUGCAAGCCGCUUAUCAGCUGCGGCGCGUCGUUGCGAGGGCUGCGCGAGAGACGUCCGGUGAGACCUUUGGUAGAUUUGAAGAUGAAUUAUACGGUGCAUUAUUUCGAGCCGUCCACCACGGCCGAACGCUGGAGAACCGGCUCGGCGGCGUCGCCGCGCUCGAAGCGCUGAUCGGCGCCCCCUCUGCGGAGCCGGAAGGGAAGGGCAGCAAGUUCGCCGACGUCCUCUCGUCGGCCUUGCGACGGUGCUGUGAGGGGGAUCGACCUUCAGGUGCCCUCAAGGAGAACGACGCGCGGCGAGAAUUCGUCACUCGCUGCGCCGCCGCCCUCGGUCGGUUGGCGCGGCGCGGCCCGGCCUCGUCUUCCGCCCACGUGGAAGUAGAAGUGUCUAGAGCUCUGGCUUGGCUCGACGAGCCGCUGGAGAAACGGUCUCGCUAUUCGCGGAAACGACUCGCCGCUUGCUUGGUGCUCAGGGAGCUUGCGCGCCAUGCGCCGACCUUAUUCUACGCGCGGGUGCGGCCCCAGCGUCAAACACUCGACGUUUUCAUGCUAACGACGCGACCGCAGGUCCGAGACUUCUUCGAGAAGAUCUGGCCGGCCGUGGUGGACGUCUCUCAUCCAGAUGUCAGGGACGCGGCCGCAAGCGCCCUCGCGGCCGCGCUCGAACUCGUCGCCGCGCGACCGGCCUUCAACUCGGGCUACUACUGCGCCAUCUACCAGAAGGCCCAUAGAGCACUAGAAAAGUACGUCGAGGCCGGCCGGAAAGCAAGGAGACGCUCCUUACCGACGCCGACGCUCGCCGACCUGGUCAGCGAGGACGAGACCAAGGCCUUCUUCGCCACGCCGACGCCCGCCCCCGUCGAGGAGGAGACGCCCUGGUCUUCCAUCAAACGCUUAUUUACGCCGACCAAAGACGACGACGAGCCUUCUUUACAGAGAAGGCACUCCAUGACUCCGACCUCAACACCGCCGGCCAAGUACCUUACGAGUGCGCAACGCGAAGCCGCGGCCCACGGCGCUUUAUUGAGUAUAGGUGCUUUGUUAGAUCAUGCGGGCGAGUUCAUGACGCCGCGAUUCCGGGAGGCUUGUGAUGCGGCUCUCGCCUUGCGGGACCACUCGUCCGUACGUGUUCGAAGGGCGGUGACGGACCUGUUACCUCGAUUAGCGCAAUACCAGCCCGAGGCCUUUUCUAGAAUUUAUCUAGGUGGGGCUACCCAACAUCUACUGGAGACGGCCAAGAAGCCCGGGAAGUCUAGGGAUGACGACGCUUUGAGGGACGCGGCGUAUGUGUCGAUUGGCCGACUAGCGUUGGCUGUGCAGCACCGCUUGCGGCCCGCUCUCCCGGAAUUGGUGGCUGUCGUGCGGGACCACUGUUUGGAUGCACCAUUGACACGAGAAGAGCGACCCUUGCACGGCGUCCAUGCCGCCUGGCCGUUUUAUAGGAGGCAGGCCUCGUCGCCGCCCAAAACUCCGAAGGUGCAGAGCGUGGACAACGCCCUGGCGCCCGAGUUACGAUCCAUCGCUCUUGGGGUGUCAAAUGGUCAUUCUACCAAUGGCGUCGUCGUCGCGCGGACCAUGGACAAGCGCCGAGCGGUGGUCGUGGCCUGCGUCGCUGAUGUGUUUGAAGCGCUGGGCGAGGACGUCCCGGCGUCCGAAGCCGAUCAAUUAUUAGAUGCCUUAUUUCGUUCAGGACUGUCGGAGCCGCUCAUAAACGCGUUGGACGUCAUCGCGAGGGCCGUGCCUUCGAGAAGGUCCGCGGUCCGAGCCAGACUGCUCGAGACGUUGGUCGCCGGCCUGGAACCUUCCAAACGCUUCGCGCCUCCGGGCUGGCGCCGGCCCUCCACCAGUGAAAAGGAGGGCUCGGCCUUCGAGCGGGCUUUAUCUGGUGUCGACGAGACGGUCGUCCUCCUCUCCUUGAAGACGCUGGCGUCCUUCGAAUUGGAUACGCGGGCCUGCUUGCUGCCUCUGGCGCGGGACACGGUGGCGCCCUACCUCCAGGCGCCGUCUCCUCUGGUACGGGCGGCCGCCGCGCGAGCUUGUGCUCGCUUACUACUCCCGAGAGGCUCGGACGCAACAAAGGACGUUGAAUCAUCUUCAAGUGACGAGGACGAGGUUAUUGUGGGAUCUCCCGUGCGGAAGGGCUCGAGGACGCCGCCCCGAACGCCUCAAUCCCGUCCCAAGUUCUCGCCGCGACGACAGGCCACGGAGGUCGACGAGGAGGAGGAGGAAGACGCGUUAUUGCAGCCGCACUACUACUGCGGCCCUUCGGCAGUUGUUGUCGAUGACGUCCUAUCCAAACUAUUAGCGGUGGCGUUGGCUGAUGAUGAUUUGGCACCUCGCCGGAGCGUCGUGAAAGCUUUACGAAGCGACCCGCGCUUCGACGGCCAUCUAGCCAGAGCGAAGCACGUCGAUUCGCUAGCGUUGUUGUUACAUGAUGAAGAUUGUGCUUUACAGUUAGAUGCCCUGGCUUUGCUCGGUCGGUUGGCGGCGCGGAACCCGGGGGCGGCCUUGGCUGUUGUGAGAAACGCACUGGCGCGCGCUUUAGAUGCUCUGAGGUGCUCUGGAAGCGACCCCGUCUCGCGAGAACGAGCUGCUAGAUUAGCCGCCGGUGCUUUGCGGGCGGAAUCACCUCGAGCGAGGAAGGCCGUCUGGCCUCUCGCGGCGGCGGUCGUCGCCGCCCUACCGCUCGGCUACCGCCCGUUAGAUGCGCCGAUCGUCGAAAGCGAAGCGCGGGUGCCCACGCGCCUGGCCUGCGCGGCCCUAGACGCGCUCGGUGAAUGCGUUUUGGUGUUGGGGCCUCGAGCGAGGGACGUCGUCUACGCUCCCAAAGUUCUGGCGCCAUUGUUUGACGCUCUCCUAGAUCGGUCCUCGACGAGGAAGCGAGAACUAGCUUUGCGUGUCUUGGGACGACUCGCGGCCCAUGCGGGAUGUGUCGUCGCUCCGUACUUAGAGCAUGCCCCUCUCCUACCUAGAGUGCUAGCUGUGGUCUGCGAGAACUCGGCGGCGCGAGCAACACGAGAGGAUGAUAAACCUCUGGCCACCCAGCACGCGACCUGGAGUUUAUGUAGAGAAGCCUUACGCACUCUGGGCUUGCUGGGCGCCUUGGACCCCUACGCCUUCGACGUGGUCCAACGUUCAGGAAGAGACGCGCGUACUCGCGCCAGAAAACGAGCUCUGACGAACGACCUGUUAGCUCCGCACUUGGCGGCGCUCCUCGACGAAGAUCCUAGUGAACCGGCCGCGGCCGCCAUGUACGCCCAGAGCUGCGCCGUGGCUCUGCCGGCGGUGCGGGACACGCCGGAAGUGAAACAAAGAACUGAUGAAGAUGCCUACUACUCUACUACCACAUUGACGAAGAGUACCAUAAAUAACGACGAGGAGUUUGGACCAUCUCUCAAACAUACUCGUAGAAGACGUAGAGAUGGCUCUUCUCGGAAGCUGAAGGAUGCGGAGAAGCCUACGCCCCAGCAGGGCCAGGAGUACUAUGCUCGAUGUGCCGUUGAUGCCCUUGUAAGGGUACUAAGGGACCCCUCGUUAGCGUCGCACCAUGCUACGACGACGCAAGCGUUGACCCAAGUCGUGAAGGCCCUUGGACAUAGGUGUGUCCCGUUCCUCGGUGCGCUCGUGCCGCAUUUGCUCGAUGUCGCUCGCGACGGCGAGCCCGGCCUACGGGAAAGCGUCUUACAGCAAUUGGCGUCACUAGCAUCAACAGCUCGUUAUCAUUUGAGGGACUACGUACCUAGAAUCCUGGACUUAGUUGUGGAGUACUGGGCUCAACAUUUAGAGCAAGUAGUGCCUUUGUUGGAGCAAGUCGCUUCCGCAAAUGCCCAGGAGCCCAUGCGGCCCUUUGCUACUAGAGCUUUGCCGUUGUUGUUGGCGUCGUUGGCGCCACCUUCCUCGGACGUGUCGGAGGAUGACGUGCCGCCCGCUGCUCGCGAUGAAGCUAGGUUAGCCUUGGUACUGAGAGCGACAAUGCUCCUAAGAGAGUCUCUAGCGGAUGCUUUGUUUUUGGUAGCGCCAGCUCUACUCAAACUAGCGGAUGCCUUGGGCGGCCAGGGGUAUACGCCCUGUGAUGAAGAACAACCCGCGAAAGGGGCGGCGUGGCAGGCGCGAGUCGUCAGGUGCUUACGGGUGUCCUGUGCUGGAAGCGCCUUAUCUCGUCGAAAGGACGUGGGAGCUAGGAUCACGCGGGACAUCUGUCGAUUGUUGGAGAGGAGUGGCUGCGCCGAUACUUCACUGAGACUCCAAUCGGAACGAGCGCAGGACGCCGAGCACCUGCGAGAUGCGUGUUAUUCAACUCUAAGAUCUUGCCGAGCGCAGUUGGGCGCCUCGGCAUUUAAACCGUUUGCGCCCGUAGCUGAUAAAGCACUGAGCGUGGGCCCGGAAGGGCCUUCUUCUAGAUCCUACAAGCGAUGGUCUAGAAGAAUAGUAGACGGCGACUGGUCCAACGGGAGUGAUUCUGAUGAUGACACGGCGUCGCACGACAUCCAUUUCAUAUCCGGUCGAAGAUCUAGAGCACCAUCAUUGGAGAAUCCCGCGUCGCCGCCCCAAUCCGUCUUCCGAAGCAACCCGGCAAACCUGCAGCGGGCCUGGGACGUCAGUCAGAGAGUCACGGCCGACGACUGGAACGACUGGUUACGAAGAUUGUCGUUAGAACUACUCCGAGAGUCGCCGUCACCGGCAUUGCGAGCGUGUGCGGCCGUCGCGCAUGCCUAUCCUCGACUAGCCCACCACCUCUUCCAGCCGGCCUUUGUGUCGUGUUGGGGCGAACUGGACGAUCAAUACAGAGACUCGUUAGUGAGAACAUUAGAAACGGCCUUCCGGUCCGAUGCUCUCCAAGCGGCCGCCCCCGACGCGUUACAAGCGUUGCUCGAGUUGGCGGAGUUCAUGGAACGGGACGUCGACGCUUUGCCCAUUGAUAUCAGACAGUUAGCCGAUUUGGCGACAAGGUGUAGAGCGUAUGCGAAAGCUUUACAUUAUAAGGAGCUCGAAUUUGCCACUCCGGAACUAGCUAGAGAUAGGCACGCCGCCGCCGAACAACUCAUAGCGAUCAAUCGUAAAUUGGCCCAGCCCGAGGCGGCUCUAGGCGUGUUGCACGCUACGCGACGGAGAACGGCGCGACGAAGACGCACAAGACAUGUCAAUCCGAACUCUGACCAAGUCGAAGACGACGACGAGGCCUUGGACCAGACGCCGCCGUCCUCGUCUGUCGUGAAUGAGUCUUGGUUAGGUAAAUUAGGUUCAUAUGAUGAGGCUCUACAACGCUACAGAAGAAGGUUAGAUACCGAUCCCGCAGAUGGGGAAGCUGUCCUCGGCGCUGUCAAAUGUUUGGACGCCCUAGGAGCCUGGAGAGAAGCUUGUGAUUUAUUAGUGGCGCACUGGCAACCCCUGAAACAGGCAGCGAAGGAAAAUAUUAACAGAACAAGGUCCUCGACCGCGGCACUUGACACACUAGCAGCCGAAGCCGGCAUGCGGGGCGAGGGCCAAGCUAGGCGACCUUCGUAUCCCACACCGCCGCCCACCCCGUUGAUCAACUCCAUCAAAACGCCCGUGCCACGCUUACUUAUGAAAGCAGCUAAUGUCGGAGCAAGGGCGGCCUGGGCGCUCGGGAGGUGGAGCGAGAUGGGAGAUUUUGUCAGAGCCAUGGAGGACCAGGACGCGGGGAAGCCCUUUUACCGAGCGGUGCUGGCGUUGCGGCCUUCUGGGGUUGACGGUUGUGACGUGAGGCGGUCUCCGGUGGACGCUCUUCGUUUGGUGGACGAAGCGCGCAAGUUGCUCCAUCCGGCCUUCGCAGCUUUGGUGGGAGAGUCCUAUAAGCGCGCGUAUGGUACCACAGUAACAGUGCAGCAAUUGGCAGAGCUAGAAGAAAUAGCGGAAGUCCGCAAGUUAGAACGAGAAGUAAGGGCCGAAGUCCGACGGGGCGGCGACGCCGUGCGAGCCCAGUCGUCGAUGCGUACUAAAAGGAGAGACUUAGCUUCUACUUGGAGGAGACGUUUAGCUGGUUGUGCCGACGAUGUGGCGACUUGGCAGCGCGUUUUAAAUGUCAGAGCGUUAGUUUUUGACUAUCGCGACGACCCCGACGGCUGGUUGCGAUAUGCGUCACUCUGUCGAAACGCGGGCAAUGCGGCUCUCACGGAAAGCGUACUUACGAGGCAGCUGGGCUUCGAUCCACACUCGGAGUGUUCAGACGAGACGUACGACCAGCGACGGUUACGGUACGCCUACGCGAAGCACUGCUGGCGGGCGGGUCGUGAAAGUGACGCUUUGCUACGGGCGGAGGGGUUGGCUGAGGCCCUGGCCAAGGAGGACGACGACGACUCUCGCAAGUUACGGGCUCGCUGUUUGUUGCGGGUCGGGGACUGGAAGCUGGCGCAACAGGACGCCACCCCGCGCCAGCAAAAGGACGCCGCCGACGCCUUUCGGGCGGCGGCGUCGCUAGACGGCUCGUCCUACAAGGCCUGGCACGCGUGGGCGCUCGCGAAUUACCGCGCGGUGCAGCGGGCUACUCGUAGACGUACCGACGCGGCGGCCUUAUCACGACCGGAGGUGCGCGCGCAGUUGGUGGCGGCAGCUCGCGGGUUCGUUAGAGCGUUGGCUCUGGGUACUCGGAGAAGAGCUGCAAGCGCCCAGCAAGAUUUGUUGAAUUUAUUGAACCUGUGGUUCCGCUUUGGGCGGCAGCCGGACGUCGAAGCGCAACUCGUUCCCAGAGACGAAGAAGGAGGGGCGCCUUUGGACGCCUGGCUAGGCGUCUUGCCUCAGCUCAUCGCGAGGGUCGGUGCCGGGGAUUCGUCACCUCGGUCAGCACUGUAUCAAGUGCUGGCGCGAUUAGGCGCUAGGCACCCCCAAGCCCUCGUCUACCCAUUGGCCUUGCAACUUAAGUCUCCAAGAGCGGACCGAGCCGCGGCUGCCCGAGCGAUCAUCGACGCGGGGCCUCGACGCGUAGCGGCGCGACUCGUCGAGCAGGCUUUACUUGUAUCAGAAGAGUUAGUGCGAGUAGCCAUCCUGUGGCAUGAGAAGUGGCACGAGGGCUUGGAGGAGGCGUCGCGACUUUACUUCGGCGACGGCGACGUCGAGGCCAUGCUCGCCAUCCUCAAGCCGCUGCACGCGGAGUUGGACGCGGGACCUACCACGCUACGAGAGGCGUCGUUCAAGCAGGCCUUCGGGAGAGACUUGAGGGAGGCCGCGCGCUGUCUCGGGGAGUAUGAGAAUUGUGUUAGCAAAGAACAGGCCCUUGGGCUCGACGAUACGCCGCGACGGAAGGCGUCGGAUGUCGCCGAGGACGCCGCUGCGGCUGCGGUCGCGGCCGAUGCGAAAGCUGCAGCAAAGGAGCGUGGGGAUGACGACGAGCCGCAGUCGCCGCAGUCGCAGCGAGCGAAGCUAAGGGAUGACGCGGAUGCCGCCUUGAACCAGGCCUGGGAUUUAUAUUAUACCGUGUUUCGGCGGGUGAACAAGCAAUUACCUCAAUUGACGACGUUGGAGUUAAGGUAUGUGUCUCCAGCUUUACUAAAUGCUCGUUCAUUAGAAUUAGCGGUACCAGGAACCUACAGAGUCGAUGGUUCAGCAGCUAGAAUAGCACGGUUCUCUCCCUCAGUACAUGUUAUCACGUCCAAACAGCGACCUCGACGCUUAGCCAUGAGAGGAGAAGAUGGCAGGGAGUACGGCUUUUUGUUAAAGGGUCAUGAGGACCUGAGGCAAGAUGAAAGAGCGAUGCAGUUGUUCGGGUUGGCCAACGCCCUCUUAGCGAAGGAUCGGAGGACCUCGGAACACGGCCACUUGCUGAUUCAGAGGUACGCUAUUACUCCUUUAUCACAAAACUGCGGGAUUAUCGGCUGGGUGCCGGCCUGUGAUACCUUACACGCUCUGGUAAGGGAUUUCAGGGACGCGCGGAAGGUCGUCCUGAACGUGGAGCACCGCGUGAUGUUGCAGUUGGCACCAGACUAUGAUGCCUUGACGUGCGAUCUCGGCGUCCCGUUGUGUAGAGACGCAUUCACGCCAUCGACGCGACUCGUGUCCAUCAGACAAGGCUAUUCGGACCGCGUCGCGCGACCGCGAUGCUCCGCGCAGGCUCCCUCAGAAAGUAGAAGUGUUUCAUGCCGCAUUAGCAAACACCGCUGGUCAUGAUCUAAGUAAGGUGCUCUGGCUCAAGAGCUCACAUUCGGAGCAGUGGCUCGAGCGGCGGACCCACUACGCGCGGUCGCUGGCCGUCAUGUCCAUGGUCGGCCACAUACUGGGUUUAGGGGAUCGGCACCCGUCCAACUUAAUGUUGGAUCGCAGGACGGGCAAGGUGUUGCACAUAGAUUUUGGGGACUGCUUCGAGGUGGCGAUGCACCGCGACAAGUUCCCCGAAAGAGUUCCUUUCCGGUUGACGCGGAUGCUGGUCCACGCCAUGGAGGUGUCGGGCGUCGAAGGUACUUAUAGAUUGACCUGUGAGCGCGUCAUGCGUGUCCUCAGAGAUAAUAGGGAUUCGCUCUUGAGUAUGUUGGAGGCCUUUAUUCACGACCCGUUAAUUUCGUGGCGUUUGUUAGGUGCGCAAGAGCCUGGUGAUGAAAGACCAUCACGCCGCGUCGGUUCGCGGCCGAGCUCGCGGCCCGUCCUCGACGAGUCUGAUCACGAAGAAUCUGAUGAAGAGGACUACGACUCGUAUGAUAGCGAUCAGACGGAUGACGACGACGACGACGAGGAGGGCGACGAUACGCCCGAUUCGUCGCGGCCGUCCUCGAGGCAUAGCCUGGCGCGGUCGCGGCGGUCCGCGGACUCGCGUCGGUCGAGGCGUUCCUCGCAGCGCAGCAGGGAAGCGAUGCACCAUCGCAUGACUCGUAUGGCCAACUCGCUGACUUCUACCAGGUAUUCUGGAGCUGCGGGCCGGGCCUCGCGUCCCGACUCCGUGGCCGCGUCGCGACUGGAUCACCGAUCAGCUAGAGAGUCGCUGCGGGUCCGCGCUUUGGGAGCGGCCGACGGCGCGGACCUGCCGAACGGGGCCCUGAACGAGCGCGCGCUGGCCGUCAUGGCUCGCGUGCAGGCGAAACUCAACGGCGAGGACUUCGGGCCGCGGCUGCCGGUCGCGGAGCAGGUCGACCGGCUCAUCCUACAGGCGACAGACGUGCAGAACCUUUGCCAAUCCUUCGUGGGCUGGUGCCCGUUCUGGUGAUGACCGCGUGCAAUACGCGCUCGGGUAAAUUGUUGUGUAUAUAUAGAGGU